AUGUCUGACGAGCGAACGGUUUCCGAGGGACAGUCCUCUCGACCCGGAGCCAGAAAUAGGGUCGUCGAUUCCGUCCACGCCAAGGCCCAGGAAGUCCUGGCGGAGGACUACGACAAAGCGAGAAUCCUGGUCACCGAUGCUGCAAAGAGCAAGGCCUACCUGUACCCAAUCAAGGGUAUCGUCUAUUUCGCAACCCACCAAACGCUCUGGAAGCCCCUUCUUUCGCGCAUCGGGUCCUACCUGCUGCUGUCAGCCGGUGUCGUCACCGGCAUGUUCGUCUUCACCUACGUCCCACAGCUUGCUAUACUAGUCUUCGUCAAUGGCCCGCUGGCCGUCUUCACCACCGUUCUGUUGAUCCUGAGCGAGAGUUCCGCCAUCAUCAACUUCGUAUCCAGAUCCUAUUUACUCCAAGAAGCCAUUCUGGACACCUUUGACGGCACUCUCCUUCUCAGAGGCGAGGACGGCAUUGUCAGGGAAGGCAGGCAGGUUGGCUCAGGAUCUGACCCCAUGCAGAAGCUAGGAAAAGUUCUCAAGAACCCCUUCGAGAAGUACAGCCCCAAGGCUCUGAUUCGAUACCUUAUCUAUCUCCCCUUGAACUUUAUUCCCGUCGUGGGAACCGUAAUCUUCAUCGCUCUGCAGGCUCGUAGUCGAGGCCAAGCCGUUCAUGGACGCUAUUUUCAACUGAAGAACUGGUCGUCCUCGAGAAGAAAGGACUGGCUCCAGAAGCACUCUGGACCCUACACCGCGUUCGGUCUGGUUGCGACUGCCCUCGAGAUGGUUCCUUUUGCCAGCGUCAUCUUUACCUUCACAAACGCUGUUGGUGCUGCCUUGUGGGCUGCCGACAUUGAGGACAAAGACACGUCCAUGACUGACGGAACAGCCCCGACGCUACGUGAGACGGCCAAGAAAGCCGAAUAA